AUGAUAGAGGUCAUUAAAAAAAACUUUGGGCGUCUUGGUAACACUGUUGUGGGUAAGAUGGUGUCAUUCCCAAGUUCUCUCACUGAUGAAGAAGAGGCGCUGCAAAAGAAAUAUGCUAAACUCAAGAAAAAGAAAAAGGCACUGGUUGCUUUGAAGAAACAGAGUUCUACCAACCAGACCAACCAGAGUGGACUCAAACGAACUUUAUCGGACCAGCCUGUGGUUGACACGGCAACAGCAACUGAGCAGGCGAAGAUGCUUAUCAAAUCUGGAGCCAUCAGUGCUAUCAAAUCUGAGAACAAGAACUCUGGAUUCAAAAGGUCACGGAUGUUGGAGAUCAAACUUAAGGAUCCUGAAAAAGGCCCAGCUCCGGCCUUCUUACCUUUUCAGAGGAGCGUCUCAACGGACGACGAGCCACCAGACUCUAAGAGGGCCCAGAGGAAGUCACUCUACGAAAGUUUCGUCAGCUCCAAUGACCGUUACCGUGGCGAUGAUGACGACGGAGGCGGAAUGUCCUCCGGCCGGGACAUGGACCGGGAUCAGGAUCGUGAGAGAGACCGGGAACGAGAACGAGAUCGGGAUCGGGAGCUGGGAGGGCGAGAUUUUGAGCGUGAGCGAGAGCGAGGGCGGGACAGAGACCGUGAACGUGAGAGAGGACGAGAGAGAAGCCAAGAACGAAGCCGCGACCGGAGCCGAGACAGAAGCAGAGACAGGAGCGGGGACCAGAGCAGGGACCGGAGCAGGGACCGGAGCAGGGACCACAGCAGGGACCGCAGCAGGGACCGGAGCAGGGACCGGAGCCGAGACCGGAGCCGAGACCAAAGUCGGGACAGAAGUCGGGACCGGAGCAGAGACCGGGACCACGACCGCGAGAGAGACCGCGAGAGAGACCGCGACGGGCCCUUCAGACGCUCGGACUCGUACCCGGAGCGCAGAGGCGUGCGGAAGGGGAACACGGUCUACGUUUAUGGAUCCGGACUCACGGAGGACAGUCUGCGCACGGCCUUUUCUCUGCACGGAACCAUCAUCGACCUUUCUAUGGACAACCCUCGCAACUGUGCGUUUAUCACAUUUGAGAAGAUAGAGUCUGCAGAUCAGGCCAUAGCAGAGUUGAACGGCAGCACAGUGGGAGAAGUGAACAUCAAAGUGAGCAUUGCCAGGAAGCAGCCCAUGUUGGACGCAGCCACCGGGAAGUCGGUCUGGGCUUCUCUGGCGGUUCAGAACAGCACAAAGGGCUCAUACAGAGACAAGAGGAACCAAGUGGUCUACAGCGAAGACAUUUUUUGA